AGAGAGGAAACGAGCAGCAGCAGACGUUUUUUUGCUGGGUUCCUACCCCCCUUUGAGAUAUAUAUUUUUAAAUUUUUUGUAUGCUUUUUUUGUAACAAGACAAAAUGAAAUGCUGUUUCAUAGAAAAACAGUUAUUUUAAUACACGUGUACGGAUUCUUUUUCUAGCAAAAAUCCAAAACUACGGGUUUUUAGUAUCAGUAGCAGCUUGCUAGCUCGGGUAAUAAGGCUUUAUGAAUUGUCAUUUAAAUUUAAGAUAAAUACUAAGUCGUAUUUACCCAGUUAGUGCUGAUGUAGUGCUGUCUUCCAUAAAAAAGAAGAAAAAAAACGGUCCUGCAAUCGUUUAGCUAGCAUUUCACGCUGAGCAGGACAAGAGAAGACAGGGAAGAAUGACUGCUGUCCAGCUUAUUAAUAUCCAACGGUUAUUGGAGGCGGCUGAGUAUUUAGAAAGAAGAGACAGAGAGUGCGAACAUGGAUAUGCUUCGACCUUCCCUUCAAACCAGAGCACAAACCACCAGAGGCAGAGGAAAUUCCGAAAUAAAAAGUUCAUCAGUAACCACAACAGGUCAACACACAACGAACUUGAAAAAAACAGACGAGCUCACCUGCGGCUGUGCUUGGAGAGGUUGAAGGCCCUCAUACCUCUGGGACCCGACUGCAGCCGCCACACCACCCUGGGCCUACUCAAUAAAGCCAAAGCACACAUAAAGAAACUUGAAGAGGCGGACAGGAAAAGCCAGUACCAGCUGGAGUCUCUGGAGCGCGAGCAGAGGCACCUACAGCGUCAGCUGGAGCUGCUGAGAGGAGGAAGUGUUGCUGCAGUCCAGAGCAGCCCAGGGGAGGGCGAGAGGAUACGCAUGGACAGCGUUGGCUCCACCCUCUGCUCCGACCGCUCGGACUCAGACCAAGAAGAGAUCGAGGUGGACGUAGAAAGCACCGAGUUCUCCCAUGGAGAGCUCGACGGCGUGAGCACAGCCAGCACCAGCGACCUGGACGACCACAGCAGCCUCCAGAGCAUGGCCAGCGACGAGGGCUACUCCUCCUGCAGUGUCAAAAUCGCCUUCUCCUCCUAAAGCCUCCGCCGCCAGCAACCACCAGCCCUGCCAAACCCAGCCGCUCACCCAACCGGCCACGGCAUCGCCUACGGUGACGGCGCUCCCCCUACCAACCUACGCUCCGAGCCUUUUCGUUACGCCGCGUGCGCUCUUUCCCCUGCUGGAGGAGCUACAGUGAGACGUGCUCCUCUCGACACCGUCUCCUCUGGCACUGAAAAACUGCUUUGAAGUCACAUAAAGGGAGAUCAGAGACUUCACACACACAAGUCUUCUGGAUUUUUAAACCCAUGACAAAAAAAAAAAAAACGUGUAAUUGAUUGAAGUGUUGAUUUUCAAAAGAUGCACAACCCCUGAUUUUACUUAAAAUGCACUUAAAUUUUUAUAAUAGUGAAAUUAUUAAAUUGUUUUUUUUUUUUUUUAGUUCCUUAAUAUGAGUGUGUGUUGAGCUGAAGUUAAUUCAUCCAAACAGUCUGGCGUUAAACCAGGGUUUGUUUUACGGCGGAGGGGGGGGAUUUCUGCCAUAUUGACGCUGCUUGGCCCUAAAAGACAAAAAAUAGAAUAAAAAUGGCCCUGCAGAGCUAAACGUCAUCCCCGUUUUAUCGUUUGUCUCUGCUCGACACCACGGAGGCUCAAAUCAACAAAAUCGGUGCUAUCAGGGAAGCAGAGCAGAUACAGUACCAUACGGAGCGUCCUCUGCGUGUCGACCAAUCACAGAGGAAAACCCGCAAAAAAAAAAGAGCAUUCCUACCGAAUGUUGGUUCUUAGUGCAGUUUCUACGAGUGGAAAUCGUAACUUUGUGCGAAUGUGUUGUUUUGGUUCCUUAACUCCUCAAUAAGCAGCUACGACAAGCCAUCCAGCACUUGCCUACUUUGCAGCUGUCAGUAUAAUAAGGCACAAUCCUAGACCAGAUAAAAACACACA